AUGCGGCGGCGAGUAUCUGGCCGCGGCAGCCGCGGCCGGGGAGCACGGUCUCUGGGCAAGUUCGCCGUCACAGAUGUCAAGGGGAUCGAGACCAGCGCGGUGCACGCGAGCCUCGUGCUCCUCCGGGCUGCGCAGUACAGCUGCUGCGCGCCCGGGGGCCGGCUGGAGUUCUUCAGCAAAGCCGUGGACUUCCUGCAGCGGCUGUACAAGGCCAGGGGCAUCCCAGAAGCCUUUUUAGAGCAGCUCGCCAAGCCUGCGAUGGACAUUGUUCAAGACAAGGAGGGCGGGUGGCAAGUGCAGCCGUCACACCCCCUGCUGGCGGCCAUGGGAGGGGACCGUGGCGCGAAGGUGGUAGUGCAGCUGCUAGAGCUAGGGGUGUCGCUAGAUGCCUUGAAAGCAGGAGGAGAGGAGUUGCCGUUAGAAUACUGGUCCAACCCUUGCCCGGUCGGCAAUGCCCUUGCAGCAGUGCGGCACAUAAUGGAGAGGGGAGAGCCUUUUUCGCGCUAUGGGAAAAUUGUCAUGGCGCUCUUCAUACGCAGCUGCCAUUACUCUUACAAAGAAAACGACGUUGCAGCCGCGCACAAAGACUUCGCGGACCUGCUGCAACGCUUACAGAGUCAGGGGCUGGACGUCAUGCAUGCGAUAUUCGCCGAUCGCUCAUCGCUGCUGAUGUGCGCCGUGAGCCUGCGGUGCAUACCAGCGGUGUCCGCCCUGUUGGACAUCCUUCGCAGCCAUGGCAACACCACAUUUGUCAACACUGCCGGCCCCGACCGGCAGCUGCCAUUAGUCAUAGCCGCCGCAAAGGGCACUGUCGAGAUGUGCCGGUUGCUGCUCGAGGCCGGCGCGGACGUAAUGUGCUUGGAUGCGCACGGCCGCUGUCCUUUGUGGGCAGCUGCCAGCCGGGAACGGGGGGAGGAGAAAAAGAAGCAAGAAGAUGAGCUCCUGCUGACACUGGCCGAGUCAAAACUGGCGGUCAACCUGGUGUACACCGGUGUCACUCCCCUCAGAAGCAUCUGCGAGAGGCCGCAGUCCUCAAGGAGCAGAGACUCGAUGAUCACGGCGCUGUGCUGGGCCAAGCCGUGGCUUGGGGCCAAGAAUCGACAGUGCAGAUCCUGGUGGCUGCUUGCAAGUGCGCGCAUGCCCACCCCCACUGUUACAGAACUAUUAUUAUCAUUAUUAUUAUCAUUGUUGUUAUUGUUAUUGUUAUUGUUAUUGUUAUUGUUAUUGUUAUUGUUAUUGUUAUUGUUAUUGUUAUUGUUAUUGUUAUUGUUAUUGUUAUUGUUAUUCCGACAAAAGCUGGCGCUGGCUCCGCUCCUAGAGCGCCACGGGGAGCGCUCGCGUUUCCACACGCCGCUUUUCACAGCGAUCGUGCACAACCACCCGGGUGUCCUAUCACUGCUGCUCAAGAAGGGGCUGCGGCUCACACCGGAGAUCUCUACAGAGCACCUGCUGCUGCCGGCUGAAGCGCAACUGGCGGGAAAGCGGCGGUCCGGCCGGAUGGCCCCGGGGCGCGAGUACGUGCGCGAGCCGCGGCCGGGAGAGACCGAAUCGCUGUCACUGCUCAUGUGCGCUGCCAGCAUGGGCAAUGUUGAGAUUUUAAAGCUGCUGCUCGAAGCAGGCGUGGAUGCGCGGGAGGAGCCAUUCCCUCACAACAGGUGGUACAAGAACGCGCUGACAGCUGCAAUUGAUUUCCCAGACCUGGCCGGCUUCCCCGGUGGAGCAGAGUCUGCUGACAUCUCCAAGAACAACAUGGGUGGAGCCCAGCUGACAUGCGUGCUGGAUCUGCUUCAAAGGAGAGCAGCAAUGACUGAGGACCAGAUGUAUAAAGUGCUGGACACCCUAUACAAGAUUGGCAACACAAAGGCUCUGGCCAAUAAGCCGCAGAUGGUGUGCUUUUUGGUCAAAAACAAGCAUCUGCCGGUGGACAUAAGGGCGGGAGGUACAGGGCUAACUCCGCUGAUGGCUGUGGCGACUAAGCGCUGCAGCUGGCUCGAUGGAAUUGACAGAACUGACCACCACAGCUGCGGCCACCCACGCGAUUUGGAUCAUCAGCCGCCGGCAGAUGCCGAGGACACAUGCGCGUCCCUGCUGCCCAUGUUCCAGCUGCUGCUGGACCUGGACGCCGACUAUAAGGCCGUGGACGCCUGCGGCUGCGACUGGCUGGCUGCCGCAGCCGCUGCCGGGGACCAUGGGCUCUGGGACGCCCUCAUGACCGCUGAGCGGAUGGCUGCCAUCAGGAUGGACACGGUGCAUGCAAAUCGGGUGCUGCACCGGGCUGCCCAGUACAGCUGCGCCGCGCAUGGGGGCCGGCCAGGCUUCUUCACGGACGCGCUGCAGUGCUUGCAGCAGAUCUUCAAGGACCAGGGCGCCUCAGAAGAGGAGCUUGUGCGGCAACUCAGCGAGCCUGUGGCAGACCUUGUGCCAGACGGAGCUGGAGGAUGGAAAGUGCAGCCCUCGCAUGUCCUUCUGGCGGCCAUGACGGGGUCCCGCGGCGCCCAGGUUGUCAUGGACCUCCUGGGACUGGGUGUACCCCUGGACUGCCUGCGGAUCAAUGGGGAGGACCUUCCCAUUGGCUUGGACUAUUUCAGCCCAGUUGGCAACGUCCUCGUGGCUGUGCGCCACUUGGUGCAGCGUGGGGAGCCCCUGGUGCCUCAGAGGCGGCUCCUCAUGGCACUCUUCAUCAACAGCUGCUUGCACCCAUACCCCAAGGACGGACCCGUAGAGGGUGCAUCGAAGGAAUUUGGCGAGCUGGUGAAGCUGAUGGUGCAGAACGGGCUGGAUUUCAGGGAGGAGCGCUUGUGCAUGUGCUUUUUGGAAGGCCAGGAGGUAGCCUCUGCGCCCUUCACCGCCGCCAUCAUGGUCGGCUGCACGCCGGCAGUUUCCGCACUGCUCAGCGUUUUGUGCAGCCUGGGCGAGUACGGCUUUGUGAAUUGCCAAGAUCCUGAUGGCCGCCUGCCGCUUGUCCUGGCCGCCGGGACCGGCAACGUGGCAACGUGCGCGAUGCUCAUCGCUGCGGGCGCGCAUACCUUCGAGGAACGGCCAGCGGAGGUCCUGGAAUACCUGCACAAACCUCGCCCUGGCGGCUUGACUCUGGUGCAGAUGGCAGCCUUUGCACAGGCAGACUUCUUGGUCGAGCUGCUGGCCCAGAUUCCCAUGCAGCUCAAUCUCACACACACCGCUGCCACCCCCUUGAGGAUUGUCUGCGAGAGGCCGGGGGCUGGGCAGGAGAAGGAGGGAACCAUUUGCGUCUUGGUUUCAAGGAGCGAUCCAGCUACGGUGGAGGCGCUGACAGAGCGCGACAGCAAGCAUGGGCUGACAGUACUGGGCCAGGCCGUGGCCUGGGGCCAGGGUGCCACCAUCGGGAUUCUGGCAGGUGCAUGCCGGCGGGAGGGGUUGGAGCUUGCGCCUCUUUUGGAGCGCCACAUGGAGCGCUCACGUUUCCACAUGCCGCUGUUCACAGCAAUCACUCACAAGUACCCGACCGCAAUUGCUAUGCUGCUGGAUUGUGGCCUACAGCUCACUCCAGAGAUCUCCUCAGAGUACCUGCUGCUGACGCCCGAGGCGCGGCUGCCCGGCGGGCAGCUGUCCGGGCGCGAGUUUGUGCGCGAGCCGCGGCCGGGAGAGACCGAGUCGCUGUCCCUGCUCAUGUGCGCUGCCAGUGUUGGCGAUGCUCUUGCUGUCAAGCUGCUGCUCGAAGCAGGGGUGGAUGCGCGGGAUGAGCCAUUCCCGGACAACAGGUGGUACAAGAAUGCGCUGACGGCCGCGAUUGAUUUUCCAGACCUUGCUGGGUUUCCUGGAGGAGAUUCUCCCCCUGACGGCGCCACAAGCAGCAUGGGCCAGAGUCAGGGCGGAAUGGACGCAUUCAGGUUUCUUAGCAGGAAACUGGCGCAGUGCCGCCGCUGCCAGCUGGCGCUGGCAAAUCAGGAGAAGAUGGUCAGCUUCCUGGUGAACAACAAGCAUGUGCCGGUGGACAUCAGGGCAGGCGUCACAGGGGUGACUCCGCUGAUGGCUGUGGCCACGAAGAGAUGCAGCUGGCUUGAUGGGGUGGACAGGUUUGACCCGCACACCUGCGGCCACCCCACGGCAUCAACGACACCGCCGCCAGCUGGCGCUACGAAUUGCUCCUCCCUGCUGCCCAUGUUCAAGCUGCUGGUGAGACUGGGAGCCAACCUCGAGGCUGUGGACGAGUGCGGCUGCAAUUGGCUGGCCGCUGCGGCCGCAGCCGGGGACUACGGGUUGUGGGAUCUGCUCGGAGCCUCCUUCGUUGCCAUGUUGGACAGCUGCCGGCCCGGGGCCCGGGUCGGCUUCUUCUCAGACGCGCUGCAAUGCCUGCGGCAGCAGUACGCGGCCCGUGGAGCCUCCGAAGACUUUUUUGAGGACCUAAGCCGGCCUGCGGCUGACCUCGUGUCGGAUGGGAAGGGCGGAUGGCACUUGCAGUCUGCGCAUGUACUCCUUGCCGCCAUAGUGGGGUCCCAGGGUGCUCAGGUUGUUAUACAGCUACUGGAAGUUGGUGUGUCCCUGGACUGCCUGCGGAUAGGCGGCAACGAUUUAUCAGUCGGCUACGCAUGGAACUGCCCGGUUGGUAAUGUUCUCGCAGCAGUGCGGCACGUGGUGCGGGUUGAGCUGGUGCACUUCAUGCUGGACGAUGGGCUGGACUUCAGGGAUGAGCAUUUGUGGGCGCCACUGACCUUUGGCGCAGAGAAGAUUUUGUCGCCCCUGGUCUGGGCAAGGCCAGAGACUGGGGACGCGAAAGAUGAUCUCCUCAGAGCUUUGGUGAGGAACGACCCAGCUUUGGCCGCGGCCCUGACAGAGCGAGACUGCAAGCACGGGCUCACUUUGCUCGGCCAGGCGGUGGCUUGGGGCCAUGAGGGCACUGUCUGCAUAUUGGCAGCUGCCUGCAGGAGAGAUGGGUUGGAGCUGGCGCCCCUUCUGGAGCGCCAUGUUGACCGCUCGCCCUUCCACACGCCGAUCGUUGCUGCGAUCGUGCACAAGUACUCCCUCGUGCUGGCACUGCUGCUGGACAACAAGAUGCAGCUGACACCUGAGGUCGCCGCAGAGCACCUGCUCCUAUCGCCUGCCGCGCAGCUGGCGGGCCGGCGGCGGCCCGGCCAACUACUACCUUCCGGGCGCGAGUUUGUGCGCGAGCCGCGGCCGGGAGAAACCGAGUCGGUGUCCUUGCUCAUGUGCGCGGCCAGCGUCGGCAAUUCAAUCGCCCUCCACCUCCUGCUUGAGGAGGGGGUGGAUGCCCGAGAGGAGCCCUUCCCUCUCAACAGGUGGUACAAGAAUGCGCUGACGGCCGCGAUUGAUUUCCCCGACCUGGCCGGUUUGCCUGGUGGAGAAGCGCCCUCUGACGGUGGCCCCAGCAAAAUGGGUCCGAAACAGAUGAAUUGUGUGCUGGAGCUGCUGAAGGCUGGAGCAGCGAUGACCGAGGAGCAGAUGUACAAAGUACUGGACCUAGUCUACCAUCUCGGUGCGAGUCAGGCAGAAAGCAAGAUCUUUGCAUUGAUCUUUGCAUUUUUCAGCAAGCAGCUGGCGCAGUGCCGCCGCUGCAAGCUGGCGCUGGCGAAUCAGCAGCAGAUGGUGAGCUUCCUGGUGCAGGGCGAACACCUGCCGGUGGACAUCAGGGCAGGGGGCACCGGAGUCACACCCUUGCUGGCUGUGGCCAUGAAGCGGUGCAGCUGGCUUGACGGUGUAGACAGAAAGCAGAAGCACACCUGCGGCCACCCGCGGGACGCGCAAGAGCCGCCACCGGCAACAACUCCACUGACAUGCGCGUCCCUAUUGCCCAUGUUUGAGCUGCUGCUGUCCCUGGGAGCCGACCCAAACGCUGCAGACGCGUGCCGCUGUCACUGGCUCGCCACUGCCGCGGCGGCCGGGGACCACGGGCUCUGGAACGCGCUCGCAUCCGACGACCGCAUGUCCACCAUCAACUUGGGGGCGGUAGCUGCGCAGCUGCUGGAUCUGGGGGUGUCCCUGGAUGCGCUACGAGUGGGUCUACUGGAUAUGCCCAUAGGCCGCGUGUGCAGAGUGGGCAACGCAGUGGCAGCAGUGAAGCAUGCGUUGCAGCGUGGGGAUUACCUGCUGCCCCUUGGGCGCGUGCUCAUGGCCCUCUUCUUCAACUGCUGCCUGCACAGAUACCAGGACGACCCAAUGCAGCCCCACAGUCUCCGCGUGGUAGGAUAUCAGUUUGAUCUGCUGACACUCCACAUGGAGAGAGAGGGGGUGUAUUUCACGCAGCAGCGGUGGUGGCCCACAGCCUUGAGGCCUGGCAGGACACCCCCGGGCCCCAAUCCCCCGCCAACCUCGCCCCUCAUCUGGGCAAUCUUCAACAGCUGCGCACCGGCCGUCUCUGCGCUGCUCACCCUGCUCCGGGAGUCUGGGAACACCGACUUGCUCAAUCGCCCCUCCCCAUCAGGGGAGCUCCCGCUGGUGGCGGCGGCUGCGCACUCCAAUGUGGAGAUGUGCGAGAUGCUGAUUGAAGCGGGGGCUGACAUUAUGGGAAUCUGUGGGGACAAGCAGUCAGCCCUGUGGGAAGCCAUGGGCCGAUACAAUGAGCCAGAGGGCGCCUCGGUGACCUCGUAUCUCACCAGAGAGCUGCUCAGGCUGCAUGCUCAGGAGGAGCAUCGGGCGGCGGUGCUUGAGUUCCUGCACCGGCCGUGCCGCGGAGGCCUCACUCUGGCACAGCGGUCAGUCAUGAAGCAGGCCGACGAAGUGAUCCUCUCGCUGGCGGAAAUCAUGCACGUCAACCUCGUGCACACCGGCGACACUCCACUGAGGAUUGCAUGCUCGAGAGACGGGGCUGACAAUUUUGCACUCAUCUUCACCCUGCUGCAAUAUCGCGACGAAGCCCUGACUGACGCGCUGACAGAGCGUGACAGCGACCAUGGCUUGACAGUGCUGGGCCGGGCCGUGGCUUGGGGCCAUGAGAGCACUGUCAAGCUUGUAGCGGCCGCCUGCAGGAGAGAGGGGCUGGAAAUGGCGCCUCUUUUGGAGCGCCAUGUGGACCGCUCACCCUUCCAAACGCCACUGUUCACUGCAGUCACGUUCAAAUACCCGGGUAUCCUAGCAGCGCUGUUUGAGAACGGCCUGCGGCUCACUCCAAAGAUUUCCACAGAGCACCUGCUGCUGACGCCCGAGGCGCGGCUGCCCGGCGGGCAGCUGUCCGGGCGCGAGUUUGUGCGCGAACCGCGGCCGGGAGAGACCGAGUCGCUCUCCCUGCUGAUGAGCGCUGCCAGCGUCGGUAAUGUUGCUGCUGUCCGUCUGCUGCUUGAACAAGGGGUGGAUGCGCGGGAGGAGCCAUUCCCUCUAAACAGGUGGUACAAGAAUGCGCUGGCGGCUGCCGUUGAAUUCUCUGACAUGGCCGGCUUCCCCGGUGCAGAAGAUGCUGCUACCUGGGCAGUCCCGUGGAGAACAUCAGCCACCCAAAUGGGCUGCAAUCAGCUUGCAUGUGUUUUGGAGCUGCUGCAUGCGCGAGCAGCAAUGACUGAGGACCAGUUGAACAAACUACUGGACAUGGUCUAUCAUGUCAACUUCGUGCAGGUGGGCAAAGAUGUGUUCAGGUUAAUGAGCACACAGCUGGCCCAGUGUCACCGCUGCAAGCUGUUGGGCUGCUGGCGCAAGUGUGCCAGGUGCCGGUCCACAUUCUACUGCAGCGUUGACUGCCAGGGAGCUGACUGGACACAGCACCGCAAGCAUCACUGCAGGCUGGCAGUGCCAAAUGUGAAGGGCAACGUGGCUGCUGAUCUGGCUGCUUCAGCUGCACAGCCGCAGCUGGGGACUUGA